GUCAACCAAUGAGAGUAAAUUUAUCGAUCAAAAUUAGCUUAAGUUGAUGAUCCGUUCCGUUAUCAUCAAUAAAUAACGUGUUUUCUAUGGAUUUCUUUGCAUUUUUAUACCGUACAUUGAUACAAUAUGUUUUUAACUAACUACCUGAAAUGCUGCGUCGUAUACUAGGUAUAAGAAGAUUGUUUAGAAUGCCUGUAACUGAGACUGGGGAUCAAUAUUCUGUUUGGGUGGGCUUAAUUUAUAUAUUUAAUUUGAUUGUUGGCACUGGAGCUCUUACACUACCUGCAGCAUUUGCUAGAGCAGGAUGGGGACUCAGCACAAUAUCUCUUCUCUUUCUUGCAUUCAUGAGCUUUAUGAAUGCAACAUAUGUUAUAGAGACUUUGGCAUGUGCUAAUGCUGUGUUUAAAUGGAAGAGAUUACAAUUCAUUAAAAGGAAUAGUGUCCAAGAUCAUGAAUCGGAUGAAGAGCCGAGUUCUUCACAGCACCAUUAUGGUGAACUGGAGGAUCCUCUUGUAUGCGGUGACUCGAUCCCCUCCAGAUACUAUAGUCUGGAUAAAAGAAUAGAAUUGGGAGAAAUGGCAAACCUAUUUCUCAAUAAAAGUGGACGCACAAUGUUUUACUGCACUUUAUGUGUAUAUUUGUAUGGAGACCUUUCUAUAUAUUCAGCUGCGGUAGCCAAAUCUUUGAUGGAUAUUGUAUGUUCAACAGUGCCAGCUAAUGCAAGCAACACAACGGAUUGGGAUGCGCUGCCGUGUUUCAAUGUGUCGUCCACCGCGCCAGACGCGUACACCCGACUCGACUGCUACCGGGUCGCGUUGUUGACCUUCUUCGCCGUGACUGGACCAUUCAUCUUCUCCAAUGUACAGAAGACGAAGUAUCUCCAGCUGUUUACGUCAGGCAUGAGGUGGCUCGCGUUUGCGAUCAUGAUAUCAAUGGCGAUAUAUCUACUGAUCGGACAUGGACCUCAAGGUAAGCCACCGGCGUUCGAUUUCACAGGAAUGCCGACGCUGUUCGGUGCGUGCGUGUACUCCUUCAUGUGUCACCACUCGCUGCCCGGUCUUAUCAGCCCAAUACGAGGCAAGAACCGUCUCGGACUCCAUCUCGCUCUGGACUACGCCCUCAUCAGCAUCUUCUAUCUCCUUCUAGCUUUUACAGGCGCCUUCGCUUUCGCCAAACUGAGCGAUUUGUACACACUCAAUUUCGUACCAACGGACAAUGAAAAUAUAUUUUUAGAAAUAGUCGAAUAUUUCUUAGCUCUCUUUCCUGUGUUCACGCUGUCCACGAGCUUUCCAAUAAUCGCUAUAACGCUUAGAAAUAAUCUACAAAGUUUCUUUUUGGAUACGACAAGGCUUGAAUCUUAUAAUAUUAUAUUAAGAAAACUAAUAUUUCCUAUUGUAACAGUCGCGCCGCCUCUACUGUUGACCUACUUCUUAGAGGAUAUUGGUGUUCUAAUUAAGUUUACAGGCUCUUACGCGGGAACCGGUAUUCAAUAUCUGAUGCCCACAUUUCUAGUACUUUCUGCGAGACGGCACUGCACAAAUUUAUUAGGUCUAGGAGUUGUUAAUAAAUAUAAAAGCCCUUUUUCGCAUAUAGCCUGGGCUGUGUUUGUACUGCUUUGGUCUUUCAUGUGUAUUAUUUUAGUAUCGGUGAAUAUUUUUGAGAAGAAUUCAUGACGUUGAUCUCAAAGUACCAAAAGCUAUUGCGGCCGUUUGGAAUCGAUUGCAUUGCCGAUAAAUAUUUACAUGGUCUUGAAUUAAGUUCUCUAUAUUACGGUCUUUUUUAAUUAACUGUAAAUCGGUAUUAAAACGUGCGAAAACAAAUUACGACCAAUGACAUGGUUGCGAUGACGUCACCUGUGUUCAGCCAAUCAGAGUGAAAUUAACACGAUCCUUUAAUUACCAAAUAAAAAUCUCGGGCACAGACAAAAAAAGAUUCGAUACAGUAUCUAAAAAAAAGUAAAAAAAAAGUCAAGAUUUAUUUUUUUAUCUUUUGCACUAAGCAUGACAUUCUACAUUUGUUUUUUAUUUUUUUAAUAUGAUAAAGUUGUACAUUGUAAAAACUGCCUUUUUAGUUAAUAUUAUUAUUAGGUGUGCUUAGCAUGUGAUUGUUUAUUAGAAUAUUUUAUAAACUUACAUUUUAAUAAAAUAAUUACGAUAGAUUACGCAUGACAAUAAUUAAUGUUAUUACGAGUAGAUUUCUUACUGUGAGUGUAGACUGCUGUCAUCUUUUUACACAUAUUGUUGUCUCUGUUCUUUUCAAAGAGAAUGAAAGGGAUAAAAAUAUCACCGUAGUAAGCCAUAGUGAAAUAAAAUAAUGUGAAGCUUUGAAUAGACAGUUAUUUUUUAAUAACCAGAAAAAAAUCAGGUACCUACUGGACAGUACGUAUAAUAUCUUAAUUAUGUAGUUAUUAUAUUUUUACUUUACAUCGGAAACACGUAACGCUAUGCUACUUUUUUUCUGGUAAUUACAUAAAAACCAUUUAUAUAUUUUGUUAUCUGUUGAUCAGAUAUACACAUAUGCUAGGUUACUAAUAUUUUAAAGUAAAUAAUACCGCAUGGUAAGCAACCGCAUCCCAAAUAAAUUAUAGUGAUAUAAUUCUUGCCAAUGUACAUUGUCACAUAGAAGUGACAAAUAUAGAAUUUGUUUUUAACCUAGGAAUGUUUGAGAAUUCUUAAAGGUACGUUUACAAAGGCCACGUCGGGAAGCAGAGCAGAUUUUAAUCGCAAAUUACAUUUAAAUAAUGUUUAAUUUAACUAUUACGUCUUUUACUCUUGUUCUUGACAAAAACAUGCAAAGUUAAAUCAAACCUUAUUUCAAUAUUAUAAAGAUCAAUUUUGUUUGCUACAAAAAUUUACUCGAGUUUUCGCUCCAGUCAGUCUACAAGAAUCAUAUUGCAUUUGUUAUCUUACAGUGCAUAAGGUAAAUGUACUUGGAUAGUGUAAUUUGAAA